AUGGCCGGGGCCAGCGCGCUCCUGCUCGCCGCCCUGCUCCUCGCCGCGGUCCUUCCGGCCACUCCGGGGCUCGGGCCACUGGCGAAGGAGAAGAGAGGCUGGACCCUGAACAGCGCCGGCUACCUCCUCGGCCCAUAUGCCAUUGACAACCACAGAUCGUUUCACGACAAGCAUGGCCUCACUGGCAAGCGGGAACUCCAGCCUGCGGAAGAAUCGAAGCCAGGAAGCUUUGACAGAUCAAUGCCUGAGAGCAAUGUCAUGCGCACAAUCAUCGAGUUUCUGACUUUCUUGCAUCUCAAAGAGGCGGGGGCCCUGGGUCGCCUGCCGGGUCUCCCCUCGGCAGCUGCGGUGUCACAGGAAGACCUGGAACAGUCCUGA